AUGGGUCCUAAGACAUUUUGGCUUAUCUGUCUGAGCAUGUUGCUGCUCAUUUCCAACUACGUGAUUGACUCCUCUCCAAGUUUGGAGUUGAAAUUUCGCCUUGAUCAACAAAAUCUCUUCGAGGAACUAUCUGCAAACAUUGAAGAUCAGCAGCCUGUCCUCCAGGAUAAGAUCAACAUCGACAACCAACUGAUGUCAUUUCUGGAUUACAAAACACAAAAGCUAGAAGAGCACAAACAAUUUUUGGAAAGUGUGGAUCCAAGUGCACUCGGCAGUAGUAAUAUUCAGUUAGAGCCAGCUAAACAAUUCAUUGAUGGAGCGUUGAAACUUCUGGAGAAUGCAAAACAGACGUUGACAGACGAUGUGGCGUUCAGCGAGGCAUGGUAUGAAGUAAACAAGGAAAUAAUUUCUUACAUGAAGAAUAGCGCCGAAAUGCUUUCCAAUGAGAUCUCCGCGGCCAACCAGUUCAAAUAA